GUACAAGUAAACAAUAGACAACUGAGUCCAAGCCGACUGGCUAAAUUAGUCGAAGCACAGAAGCUGCUUAGUGAUUCGUGCACAACCGCAUUCUCGGUUCCAAAAUCGAUAGUGUUGCAACGUUAUGGAUAAAAGAGCCAAAAAUAAACGCGCAACUUCAGCAGGCUACCGACUACCAGAACGAAGUAACAUUACUUUGAUUUCACAGUCAUCUGCCUCAGUGUGCAAACAACCGCUGGACAGGACUCUAAACACUGGGGGCGGAAAGACCCAGAAUCUUGACUCGCGCGACCCAGUCAAACAAGACCAGGUUUGGCGCGAGGCCGUGCGAGCAGAGAGGGAUGGGGUAAAAGAAUGGCAGAAGAAUUGGAGUUUUCUCAAGACCUAUAACCAGCUGGGUAACUACAAGGCAGAGAGCCCUUUACCAACCUAUGAGGCAGUGUUCUCUGACCAUCUACCCAACACCACCAACCAGAUUUUUGGGAGUCGUGUAUGCAUGCCUCUUGGAAGAGAGCUGAUGAGAAUGGAUAAGCUGCUAACUGGAAGAUAUAAGAAGUGCAAGCAGGGUCCAGAUAUGCAGCCAUGCUAGCAUCAGCAGAGCAUAAGACUCUCCUGAGAAUUCCCACUAUCAAUCUUGCCUUUCAAAAGGACCAGUUCCAUUUUAAAGGUAUAGCUCAUUCAUGCAGCUAAUGAUGGAGCUAUUCAUAUUCUUUGUGUAUUUGCUUUACAGUAGGAGCACCAACGGUGAAGAGCUGUAGUCUACAGCAUAAACUAUUGUUACAUUUUUCAAUAAAGAAUCACAUAUUUUA